AAGGCAAACAGCGAGAGACACUUCGAUCAGGUCACAAUGAAUACUCUUGCGGUUACCGUUCUCGUGAGCUGCCUUGCCACCGUUCUCUGUGACUACAGCGGCAGAGGAGGCGUAGGUGGAAACGCUCGCUUCUUCGGAGGUGGAGGAGGAUUCGGAGGUAACGUUGGCGGAGGAUUCGGAGGCAACAAUGGCGGAGGAUUCGGAGGCAACAAUGGCGGAGUAAUCGGAGGUAACGUUGGAGGAGGAUUCAGAAGCAACGUUGGCGGAGGAUUCGGAGGCAACAAUGGCGGAGUAAUCGGAGGUAACGUUGGAGGAGGAUUCAGAAGCAACGUUGGCGGAGGAUUCGGAGGUAACGUUGGCGGAGGAUUCGGAGGCAACAAUGGCGGAGGAUUUGGAGGUAACGUUGGCGGAGGAUUUGGAGGCAACAAUGGCGGAGGAUUCGGAGGCAACAUUGGCGGAGGAUUCGGAGGCAACGUUGGCGGCUUUGGAGGUAGCGUUGGAGGCGGAUUUGGAGGCCACGGCGGCAGUUUCGGCCGCAGCGUUUCUGGCGGAUCCGGAGGAGGCAACUUUGGCAACUUUGAUGGAAACAGUCACGGCUUCGGAGGCAACAUUGGCGGAGGAUUCGGACGUCAGGCCCUCAGCGGACUCGGAUCCGGCUUCAGCCACGGCGCUAGCAACAUUGGAGGGUUCGGCAGGAACGUGGGCGGCGUGACGGGCGGCGUGACGGGCGGCGUGACGGGCGGCGUGACGGGCGGCGUGACGGGCGGCGUGACGGGCGGCGUGACGGGCGGCACCGUCAGUAACGUAUUCGGCGGCAGCAACGGCGGCAGCGUGGCGACGGCACCAGCAGCCGCUCCCGUGUUCCGCGCACCCGUCGCUCGCCAGGCCGUCAACGUCGGCACGUUCGGUAACAUAGUCGACGCUGGAGCCUACGACCUGCAGGCAUUCGCACCUGGUUUCAUCAAUGCCGAGGGUUUCAGCUUCAGCGGAGCUCUGCAGGACGCAUCCGGCCGCGCCCCGUCCGGAUCCAGAGGCGGGAACCAGGAGCAGGUUGUCAUCGGCAGCCGAUACCGAUCCGGAUCCGCCAGGCAGACGGAGAGCGCGUCGGGCGCGCAGAGCGGAAGCGGAAGUGGCAAGUCGGGCAUCGAGCUGAGCGCUACCCGCUCCGCUAGCCAGGAUGCGAAACAGGAGUACACGCAGCAGGUGAGCGGAGAGGGCAGCACCGAGCAGGGAGCUGCGUACGGCUUCGAGGGACCCGGUAAGGUGCAGUAUCAGGCCGUGAAGCUGGAAGCGGCGAAGGUUCACUCAGGACCUGCCUCCGCCGUUCCCAAGCAACACACCUACUGA